AUAAAGCCAGGCGGGCAUUUCUAACUGAACCAGGACAACCAUGACGUGCUGUGAGGGGUGGACGUCCUGCAAUGGCUUCAGCCUGCUGAUUCUGGUCAUUCUAGGAGUGGUUAUCAACUGUAUACCUCUGGGUAUCAGCUUAGUGGAGGGAGACUCAGCGUCUCAAAACCCCAUCUCUUGCUAUGAGUGGUGGUUCCCGGGAAUCAUAGGAGCAGGUGCGAUGGUCAUCCCAGCAACAACAAUGGCCUUGGCUUCGAGAAAAAGAGCAUGCUGCAAUAACAGGACAGGGAUGUUUCUUUCCUCACUCCUCAGUGUAAUCACAAUCAUUGGUGCUGUGUAUUGCAUGCUGGUAUCACUCCAGGCUCUCUCAGAAGGUCCUCUCAUUUGUAACUCUCAAGCCAACAGUACUGUCUCUUGUGAAUUUUCAUUGAAAAACCUAAGUAACUUCCGUCCUGAGUCCUUUAAUCUGCAGUGGUUCUUCGAAGACAAUUGUGCUUCUCCUACUGGUUUAAAAAACUCUACCAUCAAUGACAUACUCAGUAACUGGGGAGUACCUGAUUCUGAUUCUGAAGAAGACAGACACAGAAUUUUCCACUUCUCAGUAUUUCUGAGUCUCCUGCUGGUUGCAAUCCUUGAGCUUCUGUUUGGGAUCAGUCAGAUACUCAUUGGUUUCCUUGGUUGUCUGUGUGGUGUCUCUAGGCGGAGGGGUCAAAUUGUGUAGCUUAAAGGGUAAUAAACUAGAAUAUCAGUACUUCAAAUAAUCUGAAAAUUACAUUUAAAAUAUGUUUUUAUAAGUUCAAUAAUGAAGCAUCAUUGGGAACGCCAAGUCAUUUUAGUGCAAAAAGUUGCUUUUGGAACCAUCUCUGAAACAACUUAAAAAAAAAAAAUCAACGUGUCAAGCUGGACCAUGGUGGCUCACCUUUAAUCCCAGAACUCAGAGGCAGAGGCAGGUGGAUCGCUGAGUUCAAGGCCAGUCUGGUGUACAGAGUAAGUUCCAGGACAGCCAGGGUUACAUAAAGAAAUCUUGUGUCAAAAAGCAAAAUUAAAAUCAAUAAAACAAACAAAUCAGCCUUUCACAUAUAAAGCAUAUUGUACAUAUAGCACAUCUCCCCCUACAAAAGGUUUAUCAGUGACUGAUACUGGGGUGAAGUUAGUGAAACUUUGUUUUUUCUGUGUAUGUUGAAAAAGACUUUUGUUAGAUUUGAUAAUACUUUCAUGGUUAUAGAAGUAGGUGCCUUACUCUUAAGAAAUAUAUAUUUAUAUGUUUAGGGAAGAAGGCCAUAUUUUUAAAAUACUUUACUCCAAACCUGAAGUUAACAGAGAAAUGCUGUAUUUAGCUGAUAGACACAUGGCAAUUCAUCCUACUCUGUUUUUAUCUUUUCAUGGUUUAUGGUACUAUCUUGAGAAAAAUCAGUCUUUUAAAAGCUGGUUCCUAUUUAUGCUGAUGUUUAAAAAGUAACAAAAUGUACUUACUGUACUAAAAUGUUAUGAAACAGAGAAAACUAAAAACAUACAAUUUUCUGAAUGUUAUCACUCCUGCAAUUGAUUUCAAUUUUUAUCUCCACUUUGCUGGGUUUAUGAAGGGUGGAUUAAGGAAGUCCACGAUUGCCUGAAUAAAAUAGCAACUAUUUACUUAAGGAAGACUCACACACUAAUUAACAGUCACAACAAGACAACUUCCCCUCCCCCCAAGCAUUCCCAUGGCCCAUCUCCCAAGUGGUUCUAGUUGAAGACACUCACUGUGAAAAUGCUUCUCUUUUCGAGGAUGGGUAUCUGCCUGGGUAUGUAUCUGUUGGGCAUGAUGUGUGUGCACUGGCAGAGGAGGCAGUACGGUCCCCAGACUGGGAUUACAGAGGUUGUGAGCCACCACAUAGGUGCUGGGAAUUGAACCUGGGUCUUCAGUCAGAGCAGCCAGUGCUUGUGACCACUGAGGCAUCUCUCCAGUCAGUCCUGGUGCUAGCAUUUUCGUGUGUGAUCCUUACACUACUACACUGUACUGUCCCACACCAAAUCACAAGCUUCAUAUUUUACUAACUUCUGGUGUGACCCGUGCAUAGCAGAGGACCUGUUACAAAGUAGUGCCUAGGUAACUUUUCUGCUGAAUGAAUGCUAUUUUCAGCACCCAGACAUUAGUGAAGACAAUGCUUACUAAUAUCAGACUGCUAAUAGACACAAAGUAAAAACAGAUCACUGUACUUAAGUGAACAAAUCAGGAUCUGAGAUGGGUCUUAAGACUUUUCUCAUCACCCUGGAAAGGAGUGAUGAGUUCCUGCGUCUGCUCAGUCAGAAAAAGAGAGACUUAAGUCUAAAAAAAAGAAGACCUCUGACUGGCAGGCUACUUUUUUGCUCUUUAGUCUUACGGGAACUGGAGCAACAAAUUGAAUACCUAAAGUCCACAGGCCAUCUGACCUGAAGUUAGCAUCUUUUGAGGGCAUUUGACCCUUGAUUUGGUAUCCAAAUUAGCAAAUGCUUGUCAGUAUACUUAUGAACCGGUACCCUUUCCCACUCAACCCUAAAAGCAGCCACUUGUAGAUCCGAUGUUUCUUAACUCUCAUUCCUAUCUCCAAGUUCAAUCAAUUUCAUUUUAGAAUGUAUUUGUAUAGUUUUUGAAUUUAAAACUCAUUUUUAUGUUUCUCAAGUUUCUCUUCCUCAGUACAACUUUUUAUAAUCCUAAUUGCUUAAAAAAUUAUUUUUCUACAUUUACAUACUUACAUGUGUGCCAACACCGUGCUUGUGGAAGUCAGAAGACAACUCCUAGGAGUCAGCUCUUUGCUUCACACUCAAGUCCCAGGGUCCGACAACAGCAUCUUUACCUGUUAUGUCAUCUUGCCAGCCCAGGGUCCUCAUUAUUUAAUAUGCUUUCUUCUCUCCCACACCAUUGCCCUAAAUCUGUCAAUUCCUCAAGGACAGAAAAAGUUUCUAAAGUAUUUCCAGAAGCAGAAAGACAAAUGUUGGAAUUCUGAAGGUGGUGAGAUCAUUUCUGUUCUUAGUUCUUUGAUGCUAUUAGCCAUAACUGUAUCCUUCUGUCCCUCCAGUCCCUGGAAUCUGUGUUUUCUGCUUAUUGCAAUGUCCGUAUGCCUCUGCUCAAAUAUCUACAAAAUAUUUUCUGACUAUUCUGACUAGGAUUGAAUUUGCUCCUCUUAAUACCUCUUCCCAUGCCUCCCACCCCCUGGGGAAUUAACUUUUUCCUAAUCAUUGUAGGACAUCCUAUCUAAGAAUGUUCCAGUUCUUUCUAAUUGUCAUCAGGGAAAAUAAUAGCUUUUGUACCAAUCUCCCAGGAGUUCCUUUUAUUUCCAGCCUUUUGGUGAAAUCUUUUUCAUGACUGCUCAGCAAAAGAAGUUAUACAUUUAAUUAUCAAUGUCACACUAAUCUAAGUACAAGAAGGAACCCUCCUCCUGAAUUAAUGGGGAAGCAAGAACAUCAAUGUGAAAUCUACCUAAAUCUUAGGACUUCCCUUCAACCUCUUGGUGCAAAGAUCACUGAUGAUGUGUAAAGAAUAUUGCACCUGCUCAUAAGAACUGUACUUCUGAAUAUUAAAGACUCCUAAACCUUGGCUUUA